AAGAAGAUUUGGUGGGAAAUUUGACAGUGCGCGAAAACUCUGGUGCUUUAAACUUCUGAAUACAUAACUAAAGACCAGUGCAAAGUUAUUGCUUUAACUCAUGAAAACACGAGAUGGACCGCUACGUUUUGGUCGUAUCUUUCUGCCCGUGCGACGACAAACUGCAGGACAGUCUAGCUGCACUACAACAAAUUUAUGACAAUUUUGUGAAUCUUUCAACUCUCGGAUCUCUCAGUCAGAGUCCCUCAUUUCCAGCUUGUUCCCUCAGUGGAAAUCCCUCAACUCCAAAAUGGUUCUUUGCCGUGCAAGCAUGUCAAGGAAUUACACAGUUCUGCAGCUCUGAAUGGGAAGAGCUUGGCCCAUGUCACCAGAAGACAGACAGUGAAGAGGAGAUGCCCACCACCAUGGACCUGUGUAUCGGCUGUUUGAACGAUAAGGAGGCGCUGGAUCAGAAGGUUGAUGAUUCAGCACUGACAGAGCUUUUAGAUGAAGCUGCUGAAGGAUUACAUUCAUUAUCAGACAAGCUCCCACCUCCAGGUAAAGCCCUUGUGGACGUGUUGAUGCUGGGCUCUUGUGCUCAGCCUCCUGCUCCCAAAGAGCUGCUGCCUCUGCUGGGAGCUCUCAAACACAUGAGCUGCUGGCACAACGCUCAAAUCACCGUGGCGACACAACACUUCAGUGUGUGGAAGAGAGUGGCGUCAUAUCUGAGUGCUGGUCUGGUGGAGCCCUCUGCAUUGGACAGCUGUAUUGACCACAAAGAAGUGUGGAGAGGGGGACUGCUUAUUAGAGAGAAAAAGUAUGUUUCAGAGCUACGUUUUGAUGGAUUUUCAUUGCGCUGCCCAUCUCAUCCCAUUUCUAUACUCCUCACCCCCACAGAGCACAAACUACUCCCAGAGGUUUUCCAUUACUACGCUUCAGUUUUAGAGCUUGUGCAGUUGGUGUCUGUUUCUGAUCUGCCCAACUUUUUAACGUCCUCAACCACUUUUGAACUAGGCUUGUCUGGAAAGUCGACAAAAGCAAAAUUGUUUUUAGAACAAUUAAGAUCGCUUCGUGGAAAGGUUGGAGCACUGUUCAUCCUCUCUUGUAUAGUCACUCCAAUCAUCCAGCCACCUGCGAACUCGCUCUCUUCUCAGCGCUGGAGAGAGUUCCUAGCUACAGGACCAAAGUCAUUAUCUGUUCCUGAGACCGAUGUUAAAGGUGAGAGCUCACACUACUUCCUGUUGGUCCAAGGCUCGGACGACCUCAGCGGUUCCUGUAAAGUCCGAAUGUUGAACUCUGACAACCAGCUCAAUGGAUCUGCUGCCAUGGCGACGGUGAUGGAGCUGCUGCGGGAGCCUUCUUUACCUGCGACAGGAGAAGCUGGCAAAAUGUUUCGCCUCCUGCCCUGUCUCCAAGGAGACUACAUGCUCAGGAGAGAGAGGAAGGUGGCUCAAGUUCAAACUCUUGUUCUUAAGGAAUAUCUGAAAAAGAGACAGGACACAGCCACAGUGCCAAUGUGCGAGUUGAAGGCUCUUCUGAAUGUGGCCAGGGAGCAGUGUCUGAAGGUGAUGGACUCCUCUCUGCCCUCCUCCACUCCCACAGACGACCAGGCCAGAACUGCUGCUGCUGCUGUUCGGAGCUCAGAUUUUCAAAGAAGCUCUCAGCAGCAGACUGAAUGGCCUGAAAGAAGUGUCCUUCACAACAUUGAGAGUAUGCAGAGGAGACGGCAGAAAAAGAGGUUUGGUUUGUUAGGUCCUGGGUCCUCUGACAGCCUGCUGGGUCCUAAAGAUGGUCAGAAGAGCUCUAUGGCUUUGUUGGACGCCAAAGAGCUGCUGCGACACUUCACGGCUGAUGGCACGCCCACAGGGGAGCUCCAGCCACUGGCUCUGAACAGAGGAAAUAAUGUAUUCCAGCUCUCACCAGACGUGUCUCCUGGCAAAGUCAGACACAUGCCCUUCAGCAAAGCCUCCGCCACUCAUUACCAUGGCAUAGAGUUCUGUUUGGACAACCUGCGCUCCUUGGACAGAGACCAGUCAUUUGUGCGUCUGCAGUCACGCCUGAUACGCUUUGAGACCCAAACCACCUGCACCAAAGAACCAGGUGCCCUCCCCUUUGCUCUAAGCCCCGCCCCUUCACCCUCAGUUAUGUCUGAACCAGGAAGUGUACAUGACGGGGAGAUGCUGCAAAAUGCAGAUGUGGCCCGACUGAAGCGCAGGUCAUGGGAUACAGAGAUUGUUGCAGGGUAUCCACGCAAGAGGCUGGCUAAAUCCGAGAGCAGUGAUUCCCUCUGUUCCCAGAGCAGUGGCAGCAGUGGUACACACCCCACAAUUCGAUCGCUCAGAAGACAGACAGGAAGAUCUCAGUCUACCACUUCAGCCCUGACUUCCUCCAAUAAGAGAGGCUCAUCCUCAGGUACAAAAAAAAAUAAAGUGAACGUAGCUCCAACCGUCAAUCCCAAAGCUCCACAGCAGAAGCCUCAAACACAGACAGAGGACAAAGCAUCAAAAGAAUCCCGUUCCCAGAAACACAACAGAAUGCUGCAGGAAGUGGUGGCUAAAACACUCAGACACCACGGGAUCAGCUCUGAACAUAAGUGCUUUGAGGCCUGCAGCAAAAGACUGUUUGAUAUCUCCAAAUUCUAUCUCAAGGAUCUCAAAACAUCUCGGGGUCUGCAUGAGGAGAUGAAAAAGGCCGCCAGCAGCAACGUCAAACAAGUCAUUGAUUGGGUGCUGGAGAAAUACUCUAAGAAGUGAAGAUAACUUUAAAGUGGAAAAUUUUUAAGAUUAUUUUAUUAAUUGUGUUUGUGUAUUUUAUACAUAUUUUACAUAAUUUUAAAGUGUCUAUUUAAGUUGGUUUUACAAUUUAAGUUUAAUUUGUAAUGUAAUUUAUACUUGGAUCUACUUUGUGGUCAUAUACAAUUUUUAUAUAGAAGACAUACACAUAAUUUUGAGCUGUGUUUAUGUAAUAUGCCAAUAUGUAAAUAUCUUAAUAAUGUCUUUGAUCUAUAUAUGGCAGUUACAGAAUAAAGGGGUCGUGAACUUAC